CGAAGACAUUUACCAACAAGGAUUGUGCUUAAUCCAGAUAUAUAACUAUAAAAUAUGGCUGAACUAAUAGAUCGGGUACGCUCAGAACUCACAGAAAUAGAGCUUCAACAACUCGAAGAGUUCGAAUUUAAACAUGGGCCCAUGUCGCUCAUUCAAACUGCCAUGAAUGAUGGAAGUCCUGUCAUGAUAUAUUGUCGAAACAAUCAUAAACUUCUUGCAAAGGUGAAGGCUUUUGACAGACAUUGUAAUUUGAUUCUUGAAGAUGUGAAAGAACUCUGGACGGAGACACUAAGAAACAGUAAGGGCAAGAUCAUAAAAACCACUUCGAAAGAAAGGUUCAUAGCCAAACUUUUUUUAAGGGGUGACUCUGUCAUCAUUGUCUUGAGAGUCUGAUAUAGCGGUAUGAAGAGGGUACUUGUAUUUUGAACAAUCAACCAUCCAUCAAGAAAACAUGGCGCGUGAGAUUUACAAAGGAGUGAUUGCUACAUGAUCAAGCAAGUAAAGAGUUCAAUAUCUUGUACAUCAAAGGAAGAGUAAUGCCAAAGACAGGAUCGAUUUACCUUUGUGUCUUGGAAUAUCAAUAAAUUAGUUACUUCAGAGUGAUACAAGCGUAAAUAUUUAGAACAAGCCGUCUGUAAUAAUAACAAAUACUGAAAUCAAGAGUA